AUGGAAUUUAAAAUGGAUGACUUUGCCUCCGCACACAACGAUCUUGCUAGCCAUGUGGAACAACUGGAGCAAAAGUUGGAUGCCACUGAAACAAAACUGGAGGGCCUAGAGGACAGGUCCCGCCCCAACAACUUGCGGUUAAGAGGGAUUCCGGAGAUUGUACUCCCAGCAGACUUGCAGGCCUAUGGCCUCCUACAUGCUUACGCACCUGAAAUACUGGCAGACAUGCUGUUGGUGGAUCAAGUUCACUGGAUCCCGCACCCAUGGUUCCUGCCUAACACUGCACCAAGAGCAUCAAAGAGCAGCCGCAACAAGCCCAAAUCACCAGAAAAUUACUUGACAGUCAAGAUUUUCGCCGAUCCCAAGUUGCUGACUCACUUUGGGUGA